AUGAAGCUCGCGGCCGUUGUCCUCGCUCUUUUCUCAUCGGUCGCCUUGGCCGCCCCUGCGGCCGAGAUGGACAAGCGCGCCGUCGUUGACGCAACUGUCGCCGUCGACGGGCUGCGCUAUCGAACGUGCCCGAAGACGACCUGCUCGGCUCCGGGUCAAUAUCCCAAGGGUACCAAGAUCAAAUUAAGCUGCUACACCACGUCUGGUACUACUGAGGUGAAUGGAGACAAGAACGAUUAG